CGGCCCCGGCUCCGGCGCUGCUCCCACCGCCCCGGCAACUGCCCCGGCCCGCGGAGGCGGCUGGACGGACCCCGGACGGUCGGACGCACGGACUCUGCUCCGAGAGCAGGCCAUGGACAGCUUCAGCACCAAGAGCCUGGCGCUGCAGGCGCAGAAGAAGCUCCUGAGUAAGAUGGCGUCCAAGGCAGUGGUGGCUGUGCUGGUGGAUGACACCAGCAGCGAGGUUCUGGAUGAGCUCUACCGAGCCACCAAGGAGUUCACGCGCAGCCGCAAGGAGGCCCAGAAGAUGCUCAAGAACCUGGUGAAGGUGGCCCUGAAGCUGGGGCUGCUGCUGCGCGGGGACCAGCUGGGCGAGGAGGAACUGGCGCUGCUGCAGCGCUUCCGCCACCGGGCGCGCUGCCUGGCCAUGACGGCCGUCAGCUUCCACCAGGUGGACUUCACCUUCGACCGGCGCGUGCUGGCCGCCGGGCUGCUGGAGUGCCGCGACCUGCUGCACCAGGCCGUGGGCCCGCACCUCACCGCCAAGUCCCACGGCCGCAUCAACCACGUCUUCGGCCACCUGGCCGACUGCGACUUCCUGGCCGCGCUCUACGGCCCCGCCGAGCCCUACCGCUCCCACCUGCGCAGGAUCUGCGAGGGCCUGGGCCGGAUGCUGGACGAGGGCAGCCUCUGAGCCCCCCAGGGGCCGCCCGACCGCGCCCCUCACGCCCGCUGGGGCUCCUCUGCUGGGCGUGGGGUGCGGGUGGGGUUUGUGGGUUUUUUCCCCCCGCCUCUUUUCUCCCAGUCGGACUCGGGCCAGACUCCCCCAGGCAGGUGGGUGACCUGUCCCCUUUGAGAGGACGCGGAGCCAUCUGUAGCAGCAGUUUCAAACGCCGAUGUCACCUCUCCUCCCGCCCCCGCUCCCCCAAUGGGGAGAGGAAUUCGCGGCGCCACUCUGCGGACCACUGCCUCGCCAGGGCCCACCUUCCACUUCUGUUUGUAUUUCCUGGGCCAUGCCGACCCCGGGUCACUUGACCUAAGCCAAAAGCUGCCGCUUCCCACUUGAUGACGUCGCCUGCGGUUUUCAUCCCUCGCCCACGGACUGGGAGUUCACGUGGCGAACUGGGGGAAGGCGUGUUAGGGGGCAAGCUGUGGUCCCCCAGAAUCCAUAAAUUCAUGUCCUAACCCCGGGACCUCAGAAGAUGGUCUGAUUUGGAAAAGGGUCACUAUGGCUAGAAUGAGUUCAGAUGAUGCCAUCUUGGAGUAGGGCCAUCCCGAUUCACUGACUGGUGUCCUUAAAAAAGGGGGAUUGGAUCUGAGUCACAGCACAAAAAAAAAAAAAGGAGGCGGGGAACUGGGCCAAGUACGGUAGGUCACGCCUAUAAUCCCAGCACUUUGGGAGGCCGAGGCGGGUGGAUC